AUGGCUUCCCUACCAGCCCUCCUACGCGACCACACCAAUAUCACACUCUACGCGGACGACAUCUGCCUCUGGACGUCCAGCCUGCGCCGCGAUGUCAUCCAACGCCGUCUCCAAGGAGCCCUUGACACGGUCGUAGCAUACCUUUGUGAUCGUGGGCUGUCUGUCUCCCCAACCAAAACUGUCGCCAUGGCAUUUACCCGCCGCUCCUUCCUUCGCUUCCCACUCCACGUCGCAGGAUCGCCAGUGCAUUUUGCAUCGUGCUACAGGUACCUGGGCAUCAUUAUCGACAGGGGCCUGACCUGGUCGAAGCAGCUCAAAUAUCUCUCUUCUAAGGUAAGUAACAUCGUCAGCGUUCUUCGUCGCGUCUCUGGAAUGUCAUGGGGCCCUACUUGUGCUGACCUUAGGUCUGUCCACUGCUCCCUUGUACUUGGAACGCUGCGCUACAGCCUCCCCAUUUUACAUGGACUAAGCAGAGCUAGUGAACGGGAGCUCCUCAACCUCCAGGCCCGCAGCCUUCGCGUCUGCCUGGGCGUCCCUAAGACGACAGAGACCAUCUCCGUUCUCGCAGAGGCGAGGGAGUCACCGAUGCCCACCUUGCGUGACAAGGAGACCCUCCGAAUCUACACAAGGUACCUGACACGCCACCCGCACCACUACUUGACAGAUAUCGCCAUGGAGUGCCCAUCGUCCGCUUUCGGGUCCUGCGUUCUGCAACUGAGGACGUCUAUUCCCUUGCCAUCCAACAUGCCGUCUCAUCCCCCUCCCAUGUGGACCCUCGCUACUCCUCCCGUAAUAGCGAUCUACACGGACGCGUCGGUCUCCGCGGGCGCCUCAACUUUAGCCGUUGUUGUGCCUUCAGAAAAGUACGAACUAGCGCUCAAGCUUCCUCACGAGACAUCCUCCACCGAAGCAGAGCUCGCCGCCACCAAUGAAGCCCUGAGACUUAUAUCAACGAGGCCCCCAAACAACUGGACUGUGCUUACGGACAGCAAGGCGGCGCUGCAAAUAUUAUCUUCUCCUUGCUCCAAGAUCGUCACAGACAUCUGCUCCCUAGCCCUCACGACAUACAGCCGUCUCACAACCUCCGGCCACAGCGUGUGGCUUCAAUGGGUCCCCAGCCACAUCGGCCUGCCGGGAAAUAUCCGCGCUGACGCUGCGGCGAGAGGCGCGCACGGGGCAGCUGCCACCACAAUGACCACCACCAUUCCUCUCACUCCAUCGGCCUGCUUGAUACAGAUCCGCCGCCAGACGUCUCGCAGCACCCUCGCGUUUAGCUCAAACGCUGUAGCGGCAAACACGUUCCUCCACUCCAUCGACCCGAGGAUGGAACUCACCCUCUCCCAGCGGCUGUCGCGACAGGAGGAGUCGAUCCUCCAUCGCCUACGCCUCGAUGUUGCCCUGACCCCGCUGCUCCUCUCUAAGAUGGAUAGACGGACGUCCCCGAUGUGUCCCAGCUGUGCUGCAGUCGCCGACAUACGCCAUCUAUUGUUGCACUGCAAGCGGUACGCCGGCCCCCGAGCCGCCCUCGCCUCAAAUCUCGCUUCCCUAGGCCACAGGGAACUUUCCCUGGCGACGUUGCUGGGACCUGUCCGGCACUCUAGACAGUGGGCAGUCACCCGAGCCCUCCUGCGUUACCUGAAGGACACUGGGCUGCUCAGCAGCCUUUGA